AUGAGGACUCCGGCGCUGAGAGUUGGCGGCGUCGUCGCGGCGCUGUGCGCGUUCUCGCUGCUGCUGCCCGCAGCAGCAGCAGCGGCAGCAGCAGCAGCAGCAGCGGACGAGCAGCUGCUGGAGACGUCGCCGGCGGCGCCGGGGCCGCGGGCGGCAGCAGCGAGCCGCACAGCAGCAGCAGCAGCAGCAGCAGCAGCAGCAGCAGCAGCAGAGGCGCCGGUGCUGCUGGCGGGGGGCCGGGACCAGGUGUCUGUACACCUGGAGGGCGAGGCCGCAGACGCGGACUUCCAAAAAGUCGCCGAAGAAUUAAUCAAAAGAAUCUUUCCGAGUUCGGGCCCCACAGGCGUGUGGGGUUUGCGGGGUGUACGUACAGCAGCAGCAGGGCUGCUGGGGCUGGCUGUGCUGCUGCUGCUGCACUGCUUCGUUGCUGCGGGGCCGCUGCUGCUGCACUCCGGGGAGGAGGGCAGCAGCUUGAGCCUCAAGGGCGCGGGCUUGGUGGUCUCCUUGGUGCUGCUGCUGAGCGGCGCAGCAGAAGCUGCUGCUGCUGCUGCCAGGGGAGCAGCAGCAGCAGACGGCCCCCAGCUGCUGCAGCUGCCCGGACUCUUGACGCGGGGCCGCCGCCGCGCUGCAGCAGGAACGGGGCUGCUGCUGCUGUCCUCCUUGCUGCUGCUGCUGGGCUGGCUCGCGGGGCUGCCUGCUGCAGCAGCAGCAGCAGCGCAGGUCGGCCUCGUGGCCGGGGCCACGCUUGCUGCGCUCGGGCUGCUGCUGCUGCUGCAUGCAGCCGUCAGCACUUUCAAACUUUCCAAAAAGCUGUUUGAGCUGCCGCAGCAGCAGCAGCAGCACCUGCCGCAGCAAGCAGCAGCAGUGGACGCGCAGCUGCUCAGCCAGCUGCUGGAGCACUUCUCCGAGGAGGAGCCCGCGGAGGCCGCAGCAGCAGCAGCAGACGCAGCAGCAGCAGCAGCAGCAGCCAAGCAAACCGUGCAGCACGCGCUGCGCCUCCUAGCAGCAGGAGCAGCACUCAGCAGCGAGCAGCAAACUGGACUUGCCGAAGCAAUUACGAAGCAGCUGCUGGAAGCAGAAGACGGACUCCCGCUGCUGCUCGACAGCGAGAACGUGCAGCCCCUCACUGAGCAGCUGCAGCAGCAGCAGCAGCAGCAGCAGCAGAAGGCGGGGGCCGAGGGGGGACGGGGACGGGAGGGAGGCGCGCGAGCUCGGCCAUAA